AUGGAGAGCGAUUACGGCGUCGUCAAUGGAUUCGAUGAGCCGCCACACGCGUACAUUAAGUCGCUGCUGUCGCGGAAGAUUAUCGAAAAGAAGCUGGCCAAGAAGUUUUUCUCCGGAGACGUUGCGCGGGUGGAGAACGAGUACGACUCGAUCUCCGAGGAGGAUUUGGAGAAGUUUUUCAUCGAUGAGUUCGGCGGUGGGACGUUUCGCGCCGGACGGGAGUACUCGUUCGUGCUGUACGGUGGGAGCGGGUACACUGGAUCACUGUGCAUGGAGUACAUCUUGAAGAACGUGUCCGACCUCGGGGAGCGCGUGACGUUCGCCUUGGCGGGACGGAGUGAGGCGAAAUUGCGAGCGCGUUGGAAGGAGGUGACGGAGCGGCAUCCGACGAAUUACGAGCCAGGAUUCAUUACGUGUGACUUGAGCGAUCCGGUAGCGAUUCGAGCGAUGGUGAUCAGCGCUCGAGCCGUGGUGAACAUUGCGGGCCCGUUCAUGCUCACCCCCGCAGACAUGCUGGCUGAAGCAUGCAUAGAGUACGAUACCGAUUACAUCGACGUGAACGGAGAGGUCCCGUUCACGAAAAAGCUUCUGAAGUAUCACGAUUGGGCAAAGGCGAAUCGCGUUCUCGUCGUUCCGAAUUCUGCGGGCGCUGGCGGGAUUCCAGACGUCGGGUGCUAUUACACGGUCCGCGAACUGCGGAACAAACUCAGCCAAGAAGUGUCUGUGAGCAAGAUGCACAUGUAUCUCUACGGAAGCGCCGCCGGGGCGCCUUCUGGAGGGACGCUUGCGACGCGGGCUGCAAUGAAUGCCGCGAUGAAGGACGUCGCCGGUUUGAUGGCCAAUCCGUUCGCUCUCGGUGGCUCCAUCGACGGUGGACGUCGACCUGAAGACGCCGAUCGCAAUCUGAGUCAAGUGGAGUACGAUGAAGAGUACGACGCGUGGAAGGCACCGUUCACGUACGCCUUUUACGAGACUCGAUUGGUGCGACGCUCAAACUGGCUCAUGCGUGACCUCGGGAUGAGCCCGUACGGUCGCCAGCUCAACUAUCUCGAGCAUCUCAUCAUGCCCAGUGAAGAAUCCGCUCAAGCCUUGCAAAAGUCCAACACUAGCUCCAAGGCGGAGGAGGAAAAGCUCCGCAAGGAGGGACGUCUGUUCAAACUCGGUCAAGGUCUCGAUGAGCAGGCACGAGAAUCAAUUUGGUCAGAGUAUUGGUUCGACGCGUGCACGGCCACGGGAGAAAGAAUCCGAACACGUCUCACCGGUAAAGAUGGCUACGAUGAGACCGCGCACAUGUCCAUCGAACUUGCCAUUCUCUGCUCGGAGUACCGCGAAAAGCUUCCAUUUAAGGGAGGUGUGCUCACGCCAGGCGUCGCCGGUGGCGACGCCUACAUCGAAGCGCUCCACGCCACCGGUCUGCGCUUCGAAGUUAUGGCCGACGACGCAAAGGUCGACUUUUCUCUCAUGAUCGCCGAGAAUAAAAGCUAG